AUGGUAGGUGUGAGUGAGAUCGGUGGUGAUAGUGGAAUGGUUGGUGAAAGUGAGGUGGGCGGUGAGGAUGAGAUGGUAGGUGUGGGUGGUGAGAGUGGAAUGGUUGGUGAAAGUGAGGUGCGUGGUGAGAAUGAGAUGGUAGGUGUGAGUGAGAUGGGUGGUGAUAGUGGAAUGGUUGGUGAAAGUAAGGUGGGUGAUGAGAAUGAGAUAGUAGGUGUGAGUAAGGGUGGUGGUGAAAGUGAGGUAGUAGGUGUGAGUGAGGUGGGUGGUGAGAGUGGAAUGGUUGGUGAAAGUGAGAAUGAGGUAGUAAGUGCGAGUGAG